AUGUCACGGGGUGAAAAUAUUGAUUCGAUUUUAUGGCGUGAAAUUCCCACCCACACAUUUCUGGUCAUUUUUAAUUCUUUUCAUUUUUUUUUUUUCUCUCAACUUUUUGGUAAUUUCUUUUCACUUCUUUUCUCCCUUUCUUUAUCCCUUGGCGCUUCUCUCUCCCUUUUCUUUAUCCCUUGGCGCUUCUCUCUCCCUUUUCUUUAUCCCUUUGCUUCUCUCUCCUUUUCUUUAUCCCUUGGCGCUUCUGUUUUUCUUUAUCCCUUGGCUUUUCUCUCUCUAUUUUUCUUUAUCCCUUGCUUAUAUAUAUUUUUAUUUUAUUUCCCUUCUUCUCUCCCUUUUCUUUAUCCCUUGGCCUUCUCUCUCCUUUUUUCUUUAUCCUUGGCGCUUUCUCUCCCUUUUCUUUAUCCCUUGGCGCUUCUCUCUCCCUUUUCUUUAUCCCUUGGCGCUUCUCUCUCCCUUUUCUUUAUCCCUUGGCGCUUCUCUCUCCCUUUUCUUUAUCCCUUGGCGCUUCUCUCUCCCUUUUCUUUAUCCCUUGGCAACUUCUCAUUCUCAAUUUUCUUUAUCCUUUUUUUGGCGCUUCUCUCUCCCUUUUCUUUAUCCCUUUGCACUCCCCUCUGGACUUUUUUUUUUUUUUUCUUUGUUUCAACAUUUUCCUUUACGCAAUUUUUCUUAAUUUUUUUUCUUGUUUUUUUUUAUUUUCGAAUUUUUCCUUCUGUUUUUUUUUGUUUUUUUCCCUUGCCCUAA